AUGAAUAGGUCUCCUGUUAGGAGGAAUGUGAGCUUUAUUACCAAGGCCAUGUGGAGAAAUAUCUUUGGUCAGAUCAUUUAUCAACUGGCUGUUCUUCUAGUUCUCAAUUAUGAUGGGAAACAACUUUUGAGACUUAAAGGAUCAAAUGCUGCAGCCAUUCUCAAGACUUUCAUAUUCAACACCUUUGUGUUUUGUCAGCUGGAUAUUUAUAGGCGUCGUGGUUUUCUCAGUGGUACUCCAAGUAAUCAUAGUCGAGUUCCUGGGGACUGUUGCUGGUACUGUUCCCUUACGGUGGCAGCUAUGGUUAAUCAGCAUUUUGAUUGGAGCAGUGAGCAUGCCCGUUGCACUAGUUUUGAAAUGCAUCCUGUUGACAUAAAGCUCGCUAAGCGCCAUAACCGUUCCCGUCCCCGCGCGAGCAGUGGUCUAGAACUUGUUUGA